AUGGAUGCAGUGACGGAAGGUCUCAAGCGACAGCCUCCAUGGGCUCCCCUGUACGCAGACGAUGUGGUGUUGAUGGCAGAAGACAGAAAAGAACUCGAAGAAGAAACACAGAGAUGGAAGGACCAGUUAGGGUCGUAUGGCUUGAAGCUCAAUACAAAGAAGACAGAAUAUAUAGAAGUGGGAGGUCAAACUUCAAUAUAG